GGUAUUUGAAUCGGUAUUUGACGCAAAAGAGGAGUUCCUGAAGAUCUAACGAUGGAAAUCAGCAUAAAGUGGAGCAUGUGCCGCACUUGCCGCAAAAAAGGAUCGCAGUCCACGCUGCAGUCGCUCUUUGAGUCCGAUGCCCACAAGCUGCUGAUCUCCUAUGCCGGCACAGCUGUGGAACCGGAUGAUGGACUGCCGGAUCAGAUUUGCGCAGACUGCUUGGAGAGACUGGAGGAGGUGGACAGAUUCCUCAGCGAGUGCAAGCAAUCCGACGAGCACCUAAGAUCCCUCGUUCGCCAAACUCUGUCCUCUGCAGCGGCAUUUCAGACGCUGGAGGACAAGGACACGUCUGGACAGAAAAAACGUACCAGGAAGCAGAACAUUUCAGGGAGAGUCAUCGAUGAGAAUCCCAUUAUCUUUAAGACUGAAGAGGAUUUAUUGGAAACCGCCAAGCACGAAGAGUUCCCACCUGUAAAUAAACAUCCAAGCGAUUUCGUGUUUGUUUUGAACGUGAAUCCGGAAAACGAGAAAAACACACAUCAGGAAGACUAUACCAUCUGUGACUUGGAUUUGGACAGGGAGAGCACCGGUCACAAUGACUCGGAAACAUAUUCGCAAGAAGGCAGCGCUGCUACGGACGGGGUUCAGGAGACUAGUGAGGACUACGAAAAAUUGGAGCCAACUGCCGAAUACGAGAUAGAUCUAGGAGUGGCUUGCGAGCCGGACAAGUACAGAUGCAAGAUCUGCAGCAACACAUACCCCUAUGUAUCUCAGCUAAAUGCGCACAUGCAGAUGCACCGCAAGGAAAAGGGCCACGAGUGUGAGGUUUGCCAAAAGACAUUCAGAGCCGCCUGCAACCUGAAAACACAUAUGCGAACCCACACGGGGGAGAAACCUUACAAAUGUUCCUUCUGUUCGCGCCAUUUUGCCGACAGCAGCACUCAUCGAAAGCACCAACGUUUGCACACGAAUGAAAGACCCUACGCUUGUAACAUUUGUGGAAAAACAUUCUCCCUGUCCACCUCUCGUAAGGCUCAUUACGUCCUACAUACGUCCGAAAAGCCUCACAAGUGUCUCAUCUGCAAAAAGGAUUUCCGAUUAAAGCACCAACUCGUGGCGCACGAGAAGUCCCAUGCGCAUCUUCUGGUAGCUAAAGAGUACAGCGACGUGGUGGAAUAGCUA